UCUCUCCAGCUAGCUUCUCUUUCGGAAAUCUAAUUAUUCCUCCUUGUCAUCUGACCACGGUUACACGCCAGAUCUUUUGCUAUUCUGUGCGUUUUACUAUCAUGAAGAACGUCGCGCUGUUUUUAUGGGCAAUUUUAAUCCCGGCUUGGUGUUUUGGACAGAUAAUAGACAUCGGUGGAAUAUGGGAGAUACAAUGUCCUCAUGUAUGCAAUUGUCAGAUAGCAAAGUUCUAUGAUUUGCCUUUGUAUCAGUGGGCCAACACGAAGACGAAUGACCAAGAGAAUUUAGAACCGGAGGUGAACUAUUAUCAGAGUUUGAACGACGAGGAACCAAUGGGAAACGAAUUGUUGAAAGUAGCCACGUGUGUGCUAACAAAGGAUGCAAAGCAGUUGCUGGAAUCUCUUCCGACAGAUUUGCAGGUAUUGACUAUUCUAGAAUCUGGUGACGGAGACAAAGAAAUCCGGUUGAGUUCCGCCGAUACGAAUCGUUUCACCGAUUUGAUAUCCUUGGAUAUACAGGGAAUGGGAUACAACGACAGACUCCGAAAUUCUGGCGGAAAGCUCAAAUUAACUAAUAAAAGAUAUGGAAUAGUUAUAGAUGAGGACGCGUUGCUUCCACUUGGUCCGACGCUUCGCUACCUCAACUUAGAACGCGUGAGGCUCGCGAGUAUGAGUACGUUGAAUAAAGGUCAAGUGAACUUGGUCGUCAAGCCGGUAAGUCACGCGAGCAAUGAGGACGAGGAUCACGAUUCGGGACCGGAAGAUGAAGUAGUCAACCAGAACGGCUUGAGAUUGAUAUUUUUGAGCCACGGGGGUGACGGAGAAAACGGCAAGGAAGAGGACCGAGAAAUUUUGCCGUAUAAUCUGUACAAACAAGAAGUCGAGGGCUAUAGAGAAUCUGCGAGUCUCUUUACAGGUCUGGGAAGAUUGACGCACUUGAGAGCCUACGAUUGCGCGCUAAAAGAUAUUUCUUGGGAGAUGUUCGACGGCUUGGACAGCCUGGUUUUAUUGUCUCUGGAGAAAAACGACUUGAAAGUCAUCCCUAAAUUCUGCUUCUAUGGGACACCUAUUUUGAAAUCACUUUCUUUAGCCGAGAAUCAGCUGUUGACAUUGACGAGCGUCGACCUGGCUGGACUAUUGGCACUUGAACGAUUGGAUCUUCGGAGAAAUAAUUUAACGUUAUUAUCCGAACUCUCUUUUCCCCCAUUUCCAGUCCUGGCCGAAGCUGACUUCACCGGAAAUCCACUCGACUGUAUAUUUCCAAGCACGUUUGAGAUCAUGAACGCGACGACUAAAUUGUAUCUCGGAGGCGACGGGGCGCUGCUCAAGUUGCAGCAAAAUUCGUUUCUAGGAUUACGCUUGCUGGAAGUAUUACACUUGUUUAAUGUAGAGAUACAGGUGUUGGAGCGUUUUAUAUUACGAGGAAUGCCGGCACUGAGGGAGUUGAAAAUCAACGGAAACAUAAGCAGAAUAGAUUUUGACGCGUUUCUCGAGCUAAGAAGUCUGGAAGAUCUGGACCUGAGUAAUUGUCAAAUUCGAGAAUUAUCCAUGGAUGCUUUUUACGGAUUGGAAAAAGUCAAGCGUAUCGAUUUGUCCAGAAAUGAAUUAGAAACUAUUACCCCUGGGCUGUUUACUCUGCAGCAGCAAACCGAACUGAGGGAAAUUCUACUAAAUAAAAAUAAGCUGACUACGCUUCCGUCAGAUUUUUUUAAAAGCCUUAAAAAUCCUGGCAAACAACAUCAAAUAUUGAAUCUGAGAUUAGAUGGAAAUCCUUGGGACUGCAACUGUGAUAUGCGUUAUUGGAACCCAAAUUUGGUGAACAGAAUCAAGGAAACGGCACCUCGUUGUAUGACACCAACAAAACUAAAGAAUUGGGGAGUUUUUUACGCUUUGCGUAAAGGUGGACUCCGUUGCAAGCGCAUAAAACGAAGACAUUUUCGAGCAAAUCAUAAGCUCUCAAUUUACGAAAACACCAAUAACAUCAGCUAGAUUCCAGAUAGCGGUCCGCACGAUUUACCGUGUCACUAUAAACUUAUUAUGCACAUUUUAAGGUAGAGAUAACUCGCGCGAAAUAGCGCAAUAAAAAAUUGACAAAAUUAAUGUUAAUUUCUAAUCAUACUGAUUCAGCAUCUGUAUCUUAGCAUCUCAGACAAUGCUCAUGGAAGCGUAAUAAAAUGAGAUUUCCGAAGCAUCCGUUUUCAUGUACUUGACGAAAUAUUAGUAAAAAGCUGAUAAAAGAUAAUUUUAUUACACAACGUCAUAUCGAAGCUGGAGAGAUGCGUCCUUAAUGGUCUCGAACGUUCCGUAUUCCUUUACUCACAAAAAAAAGUCUUCUAAUUUUAUGUUUGUAAAAUUGCUGCGGGUUGAACUUUGGAAUUACAAAUUUAAAUAAAUCAGAUCGUAGUGUUAUAAAUUCUGUAUCAUAAAAUAAACAAAAUAUAAAUU